GUCUUCAACGCGGACUCGAUACUCGAAAACUGCCUCGAGGACAUAGAGAAUAUGAUUCCUGUUGUUGAAAUCCCAGUGACAAAAGGAUACGAUCAUGCAGCAAUGAUGAUUACGCCUCCAGAAGAGCCUUCAAGCUCGCCAGCAAUUACUCAAAAACGCCUUGGUACCACUCUCGCGGCGACGCCUCAGAGUAUCGACAAAUUGAAGAAGCCCUUCAGAAUUACAUUGAGCGAUGACAAAGAGAACAUACCAUCAUCUUCCGCGAGGACACCAAUACCUUCAUCCACACAGCGCAUGUACACACCUCAGUCCGUGAACAAACUGAGUACGCCAUUCAAAUGUCCUGGAUCUGCGACAAUAUCACGGACAUCAGAGAAGCCAACCCGGAAGCGGCGGAAGGUAGAUUAUGGAGGAGCUGAUGGCAGCAAAGAUGAUGAUAAGCCUUGGACGAACGAGGAUCGGAUGGCUCUUGCGAAUAGAGAUGCCAAUAGGUUCCCGGUCUUCCAGGUCAAGGACAAAGAGACAAUGUUUCGGAAACGCUUUGCAGUGCCAUUGAUCAAUAAGAACGCCGCAUCGUACAAUCCGAAUCGACCUCCACCGACUUUGGGAUUAAGACAAGGAGCAGUGUUUGUGGCAAAACCACUACAUGACCCGAGUGGAGAAUUCGCAAUUGUCUUAUACGACCCUACAAUAGACGAGAAGCCGAGGACAAUUGAAGAGGCGAAGAAAGCAGAUGAACCCGAACAACCCAAGAUUGAUGCUCCUUUAGUCCACAAGUCUUUGGCAGAGAUCCUAGGCAUCAAGAAAGUCGUCGAGGGAGAAAGACCAAAAGUCCCGGUCGUCAUUGAUCCGAAACUUGCGAAAGUGUUACGGCCGCAUCAGAUUGAAGGUGUGAAGUUUAUGUACAAAUGUGUUACAGGCAUGAUAGAAGAGCGAGCCAAUGGCUGUAUCAUGGCGGACGAGAUGGGUCUGGGAAAGACCCUUCAAUGUAUAACACUCAUGUGGACACUUAUCAAACAGUCUCCCGAUGCUGGAAAAUCGACCAUUUCGAAAGCCAUCAUAGCUUGUCCGUCCAGUCUGGUCAAGAACUGGGCAAAUGAGCUGAUAAAAUGGCUUGGACCAGAUGCAAUACAGCCAUUUGCUAUUGAUGGCAAAGCUUCAAAAGAGGAGCUGAUCCAACAACUGCGACAAUGGGCCAUCGCCAGUGGCCGAGCCAUAACACGACCAGUUAUUAUUGUUUCAUACGAGACCCUGCGACUCUAUGUGGACGAGUUAAAGAACACAAAAAUCGGACUGAUGCUCUGCGAUGAAGGCCAUCGUUUGAAGAACGGUGACAGUCAGACCUUCACAGCCUUGAAUGGCCUCAAUGUAUCGCGAAGAGUUAUUCUUUCUGGAACCCCAAUCCAGAACGAUCUCACAGAAUACUUCUCACUCAUUAGCUUUGCCAAUCCUGGCCUUCUUGGGACUCGGUUAGAGUUCCGAAAGAAGUACGAGAUACCUAUCUUGAGGGGACGAGACGCUGCUGGCAGCGAUAAAGAUAGAGAAAAGGGUGACGCAAGCGUCAGAGAGCUUCUCGCCGUUGUCAACAAAUUCAUUAUCAGGAGAACGAACGACAUUCUAUCAAAAUACCUACCAGUCAAGUAUGAGCACGUCGUAUUUUGCAACCUCGCUCCAUUUCAGCUGGACCUAUACAAUCACUUUAUCAGCAGUCCGGACAUCAGAGCAUUGCUCAGAGGAAAGGGCAGUCAACCUCUCAAGGCUAUCGGUAUGCUCAAGAAGCUAUGUAACCACCCAGAUCUUCUCAAUCUUCCCGACGACCUACCUGGCUGCGAACAAUUCUGGCCAGAUGACUACGUCCCGAAGGAGGCCAGGGGCAGAGAUAGAGAUAUCAAGCCUUGGUACUCUGGCAAGAUGCAAGUAUUGGAUCGGAUGCUUGCUCGAAUCCGUCAAGACACGAACGACAAGAUUGUGCUGAUCAGUAAUUACACUCAAACCCUGGAUAUGUUCAACAAGCUUUGUCGACAUCGUGGAUACGGUAGCUUGCGACUCGAUGGAACCAUGAAUGUAACAAAGCGACAGAAACUUGUGGACAAAUUCAAUGAUCCUGAAGGCAGCGAAUUUAUCUUCCUUCUCAGCAGUAAAGCUGGAGGAUGUGGUCUCAAUCUCAUAGGCGCCAACAGACUUGUGCUCUUCGACCCGGACUGGAACCCAGCUGCAGAUCAGCAGGCUCUUGCCCGUGUAUGGAGAGAUGGACAAAAGAAAGAUUGCUUCGUGUAUCGAUUCAUUGCGACCGGCACCAUUGAAGAGAAGAUUUUCCAGCGACAAUCUCACAAGCAGUCACUGUCAUCUUGUGUUGUGGACUCUGCCGAGGACGUGGAACGCCAUUUCACCUUGGACAGUCUCCGAGAAUUGUUCCAGUACCGUGGAAGUACUACUAGCGACACGCAUGAUACGUUCAAGUGCAAACGCUGCAAGCCAGAUGGGAAGCAGUACAUCAAGGCACCAGCUAUGAUGUACGGUGAUACGAGUACUUGGAACCAUUUUGUAAACGAGGGUUUGAAGCCCAUUCAGGACUUGCUGUUGAGACAAGAGUGUGGAGAGCACGAAGUAUCAGCUGUGUUCCAGUACAUUUCUCAUUAGCUCUGCAUUGCCGAGGUAAAGCUUUGUUUUGGUAGGACUGUUUUGGCGUUUGGUAAAGAGGUGGUCGGCGUAUGAGAGUGAAGGAUGGGUCACAUCCUGGGAUUGGAGCUUAAAUAGAGUUAAGUAACACAUGGAAGUAUCUCCGAC